UCUCCUCCUCCCUCCCACUUCUCCCCAGCUAUUCACCAUUUUACACUUCUCUUUUUUCCUUGCCUGUAAGAUUGCUUCUGGAUCUUGGGUGAACCCCAUAAAAAAUUUAAAAAAAAUCAAAAAGAGGGGCUUCCCCCUCUUAAAAGUAAUCGGGAUACACACCCAUCUCCCCAGCACAUUUGGGGUGGUGGAGAGAAGCUUAUUGUAUUGUUGGGGGGGAGAAACAGAGCGUUAUAUCCAAGGAGAAGAAGCCACUUUCAAGAGAGAAGAAGAAAGAAACAGCCGUUUAUCCUUAAGGACUUAAACCUAAAAAAAAAACGGGGUGAUUUAUUAAUGUGCGAUUUGUAGUCGAAUAUUUUUGGAAGAAAAAAGGAAGACAACGAGUUGUUUUAAGAAGCGGGCUGGGGUUGGUAGAAGAAAGAAGGGGAGUAGUUUGCGGUAGAAAGAUUUGUUUAUAAAUAGAACGAGCAAAUUGUUACAUUUGUAUCCAUUUUUAACGCUACAAUUUAAGCGAUAUUGAGAGAGAAUUAGACGAUAUUUUUGCCCAUAUGGAUGAACAAGGGAGGCUGCUCCAGGCCAGAGGUGUGGGAAUUCCUGGACAUGGCAUCCAUGGAGGACCCCAAACGUUAACCCCACACCCCAUGCACGACCCCCCAUCAGACAAUGGGGAACCUCGGAAACAGGAUAUCGGCGAUAUAUUGCAACAGAUCAUGACUAUCACCGACCAAAGCUUAGACGAAGCCCAGGCGAAGAGCAGCAAUGCACAGGACCUAGCAGAACGCAUCAGGAAACACGCCUUAAACUGUCACAGAAUGAAGCCAGCUCUCUUCAGCGUUUUGUGUGAGAUUAAAGAGAAAACAGGUCUGAGCAUACGCAACAACCAAGAGGAAGAACCCGUUGACCCCCAACUUAUGCGUUUGGACAAUAUGCUGCUGGCUGAGGGGGUUGCAGGACCGGAAAAGGGAGGAGGAUCGGCAGCCGCGGCUGCAGCAGCUGCGGCUUCAGGUGGCGUUUCCCCCGACAAUUCCAUCGAACAUUCAGAUUAUAGGAAUAAAUUAUCUCAAAUCCGACAGAUUUACCAUGCGGAGCUGGAGAAGUAUGAACAGGCAUGUAAUGAAUUCACAACCCACGUUAUGAAUUUAUUGAGGGAGCAGAGCAGAACCAGGCCUAUCUCUCCCAAGGAAAUUGAGCGUAUGGUAGGGAUUAUCCAUAGAAAGUUCAGUUCCAUUCAGAUGCAGCUGAAACAGAGUACUUGUGAAGCCGUUAUGAUUCUCCGCUCUCGAUUCCUGGAUGCAAGGAGAAAGAGGAGAAAUUUCAGUAAACAAGCCACAGAAGUCCUCAAUGAAUAUUUUUACUCGCAUCUGAGCAACCCAUACCCUAGCGAAGAAGCCAAGGAAGAACUAGCCAAAAAAUGCGGCAUCACAGUGUCACAGGUCUCAAACUGGUUCGGUAACAAGAGAAUCCGGUACAAAAAAAACAUUGGGAAAUUCCAGGAGGAGGCAAAUAUCUAUGCCGUGAAGACAGCCGUUACUGUGACCCAGGGAGGCCACAGUGGGGCCAAUUCGCCAACAACACCUACUUCUGCAGGUUCUGGUGGCUCAUUCAAUCUGUCUGGAUCUAAUGAUAUGUUCAUGGCGAUGCAGGGGUUAAACGGAGACUCUUAUCCCCCCUCACAGGUGGAAUCCCUUCGUCACACGAUGGGUCCUGGUUACAGUGACAGCUUGUCAGCAAGUCAGAUGUACAGUCCGCGGGAGAUUCGGGCUAAUGGAGGGUGGCAGGAAGCUGUCACCCCUUCUUCUGUCACCUCUCCUACAGAAGGACCAGGCAGUGUACACUCUGACACUUCAAACUGAGCCCUCUCCUCCUCUCUGCAUCCCCUCCUCUCUCCAUGAAACCAAUAUCUCCUAAUUGACUGAAACCCCAUACUUGCUUUAAAAUCUGGGACUAUAAAGUUGUGGAGGACCUCACUCUCUCUUUUUUUUUUUUUUUUUUUUUUAAGUAUCAUUCUCCCCUUUUACUUCGUAAAUAAUGGCCUCUCUGGCGUUGCCUGUAUUAAAGAUGGCUGAUGUACAGACAUUAUGGAGACAAUGAUUAUGAUUUAAGGGAAAUGUUAAGGACAAAGUUCAUUACCUCCCUAUUUCUAUGUGUCCACUUUUAGAAAAGACAUAACAGUGGAGAUUUAUUGCUUCCAUCCAAUGGCCAAAUGAAAGAUGGCCACCAACAGCAGAUUUACAGAAGAUUAAAGAAAAUGCAUUAAUGGAGAAUAGAUAAAAUAUACUCUCAUUUCUCUGUCACAAUGUGUUUUUAUUAUCAGAAACUGCAUUACAGGGUGCACUGAAUGUCAGAUGUCGUCAACGUACCUCUAACAAGGACAGAAAACAGUGUUUCACUUAAGAAUGGGGGGGGGGGGAAGUGAGGUCAAGGCCAAGAAAGGGAGAGAGGAGGCAUGUGCCAGAAAGAAAAAACAAAUGACUGAAAGAGAGGAGGAAAGCAACGAGAGGAAUAAGGAGGAGGGAUGACAAGGAUAACCGAAGAAGUGGGGUAGGAGAGAAAGGAGUUCUAAGAGCGGGGAUUGAGGAGUUGGACAAGGGAGAAUGAGAGAUGAAGAGUGGCUCUAAGACACCAAAGGAGGAGGAGAAAAGAGGAAGAUGGGAGUAUAGAACACAAAGAAGUGGAGAAGAAUGACGAUUGAAAUUUUUUUUUUGUAAAAAUUGUGGUAACAAAGAGUUUAGAUGAAAGACUAAAAAUCUCCUUACUUCCACUCUCCGGAGUCUACCCAAAACCUUUGAGGCUCAGCCAAUCAAAGAACAGCGUUAUUACCUCAUAGCGGCUCACAUAACCAAUAGAGAAAACUUUUUUUUUUUUUUUUUUUAUUUCCUUCCUUUACUGAGAUUUUUUUUUUUUUUUUUUUUGUUCACGCAUUCGCAAGUUUGACUACCUCCGAAGGGAAUACAAAUAUAUAUAUAUAUAUCUCUCUCACCCCUGCACGGUGAGGGUGGUAUGGGGGGGUCGACAGUGCUGUAUCCGAGGAGGCGAUUUUCUCUCCCUUGGCCUUUGACCCCCAAUUUCACCCCCUCCACUCUCCCUUUUUUUUCCUUCAGGGUGCUGGGUUAUGAAUAGGGAUGGAUUUUUUCUUUUUUUUUUUUUUUUGAUCUUUGCGUUUUAGGGUUUGUUUGUUUUUUUCUUUGCGGGAGGUUUAUUAUUUUUAAUUUUUUUUUUGAUGGUGGAGAGAAAGUUACAGGGAUUGUGGGGGGAGGAAGGCUACACAAGUUGUGUAUAUAUAUAUAUUAGUUGUGUAUGCAAAUAAGUGUGCAUAUAUAUAUAAUAUAUAUAUAUAUAUAUUACACACAGGUACGUAUUUACCUAUGCACACACAGAUAUGUAUACACAUCUUUACAUAUAUGAGCACAUACUCUUGGCCUCUUCUUCUUAUAGUCAGCAGCUCCAAAUGCUGGAUUUAAGGAUAUGACGAGCUGUGUGUCUGGAGAUGAUAUGUUAUUGUGUGUAUUAUUAUUAUUAUUAUUAUUAUGAUACUUUUCUUUCGCUCCCUAUUUUUGUGGGGAUUUUACUGUUUUUUGGAUUGUUAUUUUUUGGUUCUUAGAAACAGUUUUUUUUUCUUUCACACUUAUUAAAACAAAUCACUGAA